AUGGAAAUUCCCUUCAAGGUGUCCGUGGGCUCUGUGGUUCGGUUGCAACAUCUUGACAGGGAAAUUCCCUUCAAGGUGUCCUUGGGCUCUGUCGUUCUGUUGCAACAUCUUGACAUGGAAGUUCCCUUCAAGGUGUCGUUGGCCUCUGUCGUUCUGUGGCAACAUAUUGACAUGCAACUUCUCUUCAAGGUGUCCGUGGGUUCUGUGGUGCUGUUGCAACAUCGUGACAUGGAAAUUCCCUUCAAGGUGUCCUUGGGCACUGUCGUUCUGUUGCAACAUCUUGACAUGCAAUUUCCCUUCAAGAUGUCCGUAGGCUCUGCCGUUCUGUUGCAACAUCUUGAGAUGGAUAUUCCCUUCAAGGUGUCCUUGGGCUCUGUCGUUCUGUUGCAACAUCUUGACAUGCAAUCUCCCUUCAAGAUGUCCGAAGGCUCUGCCGUUCUGUUGCAACAGCUUGACAUGGAAAUUCCCUUCAAGGCGUCCGUGGGCUCUGUGGUUCUGUUGCAACAUCUUGGCAUGCAAAUUCCCUUCAAGGUGUCCGUGGGCUCUGUCGCUCUGUUGCAACAUCUUGACAUGGAAAUUCCCUUCAAGGUGUCCGUGGGCUCUGUCGCUCUGUUGCAACAUCUUGACAUGGAAAUUCCCUUCAAGGUGUCGUUGGCCUCUGUCGUUCUGUGGCAACAUAUUGACAUGCAACUUCUCUUCAAGGUGUCCGUGGGUUCUGUGGUGCUGUUGCAACAUCGUGACAUGGAAAUUCCCUUCACGGUGUCCUUGGGCACUGUCGUUCUGUUGCAACAUCUUGACAUGCAAUUUACCUUCAAGAUGUCCGUAGGCUCUGCCGUUCUGUUGCAACAUCUUGAGAUGGAUAUUCCCUUCAAGGUGUCCUUGGGCACUGUCGUUCUGUUGCAACAUCUUGACAUGCAAUCUCCCUUCAAGAUGUCCGAAGGCUCUGCCGUUCUGUUGCAACAGCUUGACAUGGAAAUUCCCUUCAAGGCGUCCGUGGGCUCUGUGGUUCUGUUGCAACAUCUUGACAUGGAAGUUCCCUUGAUGGUGUCCGUGGGCUCUGUGGUUGGUGUCGUUGAACUCUGCCGUUUUGUUGCAACAUCUCGACAUGGAAAUUCCUGGUCUGUGGGCUCUGUGGUUCUGUUGCAACAUCUUGCCAUGAAGAUUCCCUUCAAGGUGUCGGGGGGCUCUGUCGUUCUGUUGCAACAUCUUGACAUGGAAAUUCCCUUCAAUGUGUCCGUGGGCUCUGUCGUUCUGUUGCACCAUCUUGACAUGGAAAUUCCCUUCAAGGUGUCGUUGGGCUCUGUCGUUCUGUUGCAACAUCUUGACAUGGAAGCUCCCUUCAAGGUGUCCGUGGGCUCUGUCAUUCUGUUGCACCAUCUUGACAUGGAAAUUCCCUUCAAGGUGUCCGUGGGCUCUGUGGUUCUGUUGCAACAUUUUGACAUGGAAAUUCCCUUCAAGGUGUCCUUGGUCUCUGUCGUUCUGUUGCAGCAUCUUGACAUGGAAAUUCCUUUCAAGGUGUCCGUGGGCUCUGUGGUUCUGUUGCAACAUCUUGACAUGGAAAUUCCCUUCAAGGUGUCCGCGGGCUCUGUCGUUCUGUUGCAACAUCUUGACAUGGAAAUUCCCUUCAAGGUGUCCGAGGGCUCUGUGGUUCUGUUGCAAGAUCUUGACAUGGAACUUCUCUUCAAGGCAUCCGUGGGCUCUGUGGUUCUGUUGCAACAUCUUGGCAUGGAAAUUCCCUUCAAGGUUUCCGUGGGCUUCGUCGCUCUGUUGCAACAGCUUGACAUGGAAAUUCCCUUGAAGGUGUCCGUGGGCUCUGUGCUUCUGUUCCAACAUCUUGACAUGGACAUUCCCUUCGUCCGUGGGCUCUGUGGUUCGUUUGCAACAUCUUGA